GACUGUGUUGCGUGGUAUCUAGGUGACAAGGAUAGGUCCGCCCCUUUUCCCCGUCCCCUCCCUCCCCCUCCCCGCCCCAGUCCCCCUCCCUUUUCCCCAAGUCCCGCCUCAGGCCCUGGUUUUGCGCUCUCCUGGAAGCUCCGCCCCUUUCCUCAUCCGCACCCACCCAGGAGUCUCUGUACGCCCAAGGCCCGCCUCUUACGGAAGCCGAGCAGGAAGAGAAACAAACAACAGGCGAGAGAGAUAGAGACGCCCUCAGGGACCCGCAGCCCACCCGCCUGCCUGCGGGCCUGCGAGGCCCGGCCGGCUGGGCCCAGCGAGGGGAGGGGGGCGUGGGAGUAACGGCCCGGCCCGGGCUCGGGGAGGCUCCGGCUUCGGCUCAUCGUGGGCUCCCUCCGCUGUCACAGAGCCCUGGGCCGCCGUGGCCAUGGAACGGCCCGUCAAAAAGAUGAGGCACCUCAAGCAGCUCAGGUUGCAGGUCAUGACCUGGAACGUGGCGUGUGCAUCACCCCCGACCAACAUCGCUGAUUUGCUCCUGCUAGACAGCCAACCUUUGAGCACAGACAUGUAUGUCAUUGGUUUACAGGAAGUAAAGUCCGGCAUCAUCAAUUACAUUUCUGAGUUGGCGUUUGAAGAUCCAUGGAGCAAGCUCUUCAUGGAUGUGCUUUCCCCUCUGGGUUAUAUAAAGGUGACCGCUGUAAGAAUGCAAGGACUCCUCCUACUGGUCCUUGUCAAGCGCCAGCAUGUGCCCUUCAUUUCUGGCAUCAACACCAACUAUACCCGUACUGGCCUUGGUGGCUACUGGGGGAACAAAGGGGGUGUCGCCAUCUGCUUUCGGAUGUAUGGCUAUGCCAUCUGCUUCCUCAACUGCCACCUGCCUCCCCAUAUGUCCAACAUUGACCAGCGGCUCAGCGACUUUGACAAGAUCCUGGAGAUGCAGAACUUUGAGAAAGAAGACAUCCCCAACAUCCUGGACCAUGACCUCCUCGUGUGGUUUGGUGACCUGAACUUCCGCAUUGAGGAUUACGGGCUGUGUUUUGUCCAGGAAUCCAUCAGCAAUCAGGAUUACAGUGUCCUCUGGAAGAAAGAUCAGCUCAACAUGAUUAAGAAGACAGAUUCACUGCUCCAGCAGUUCCAGGAGGGUCCUCUGCUCUUCCAGCCAACCUAUAAGUUUGAUGUCAACUCAGAAAAUUAUGAUUCCAGUGAGAAAAGACGAAAACCAGCAUGGACUGACCGCAUCCUUUGGAGGCUGAAGCGGGAGCUCUUAAAUAACCCUGUGGACUCAGAGGAACGUGAGCGCUUCUUCUCUGUGACAUUGAAGAGUUAUGAAAGCCACAUGAAAUAUAAAAUCAGUGACCACAAGCCAGUCACGGCAACCUUUGAGGUGGAGCUGAAGUCCCUACUGUUAACCACACCGAUCACCUUGGUUCCUGAGGGUCAGUGGAUUACACCUUACGAUUUGGUGGUCAGCUACAACCAGAGCCCUGACUUCAUCAGCAGCAACUGGGACUGGAUUGGCCUCCACAAGGUUGUGAUACGUCAUGUGAAGGAUUAUGUGAGCUAUGCUUGGGUCAAGGACAACUUGGUUUCCUCGAGUGAAGGGCUUCACCAGGUUUAUAUCAAUGCUGGCGGUUUUCCAGAGGAAGGGGGAGAGUUUCUUCUCAGUUACUAUAGUAACAACCUUCAGGGUAUAGUGGGACUGAGUGAACCUUUCCAGAUCUCUAAAAAUGACCUGACUCCAGAAGACUGGAGAGAAAAGAAAGGAGAUCCAUUGAUGUAUUGAGCCAGGGUGAAUGCCUAAAUGGGUGGGGGGGGGGGGGGUGUCACAGCUCCCCCUGAUGGCUGCUGCUUGUGUGUCCAGCUCUCUCAAGAUAAGGGCAGCCCCUGCAGAGCAGCCCAUCUCCCCUAAUCUCCUCCAUUCAGGACUGGGAUUAGGUUUCACUUAUCAGGAUAUGGAUGAAGCCAGCUGGUCGGCUUGCAGUGGAUACUCAAGGAUGGCCAACUGAGUGAUGGGGAGAUUCUUAUAUGCUCCCCUCCUUCCUCUCCUCCCUCCCCAGGCCUCCUCCUCCCACCCUUCUGCCCUGCCCCAUAACCCAGGUAGGGCUGAUUGCCUUCAAAAUGCCCUCAGUGGGGCUGCCAGCUACAUGCCCCAACUGGCACCUGCCCCGCAUUCCUGUGACUCCAUCUCCAGGGCUCUGGCUGGCAGGGAUAGGGAGAUAGAUUUGUAGAGGAUCCUCUGACCAGUUGGCAGCAGCCCUCCAAGUUUUAGGAGGAAUCUUGGAAUCUUGGCAGCAUAUCCCUCCUCCAGUGGCAGGGCAGAGGUGGCAUAGUGAUAGGCAUGUCCUAAUGUGCCCUUCCUUCAGCAUGGAGAAUUAGGCCUAUAGCUUUGGUAUAGUAGCCGAUUGCUAAGUAUCUUCUCAAGAGGGCUGUGGAUGGGAAAGCCCUUUGGCCAGGAGAUACAGCCUGAGGUCAUGGUGUGGGAGAAGUUCAGUCCAUUCUGAUGCCUCCUGCCUUUGGCUGUGAUGCCACUGUGACUCCAGCUUUCUCAGGAGGAGCUCUAAGACAUGUGGCCCUGAACCUCAUCAUCUUCACCUUCUUUCAGCUUUUCUGGGAUAAUACCUCACCCUCAGAAUUAGGUCUUAUAAGCCAAUUCACAUAGCAUCAUUUUACUGUGGGAGACCAGCCCACAGGAAACAGCUUUGGGACCCCCCUGCAUGGACUGGGCAAGCUGAUAGUUAAGGCCAUCUGGGGAUCUUUAAAAAACAUUCCUCUCCAGGUACCGUCAUGAAAUUUUAAGUCAUUCAACUCCACCCCCAGCCAUGGGGGUCAAUGGCGACUCUGCCUUGGUCUCCUAGGAAAGACCAUCUCAGGGAGCCCGCUCAGUGACAUCGCUGUGGUUCUUUCCUCCCUCCUUCCCGAGGGCUCAUGGAGGGGGUCCAUUCAGUGACCACAGAGCCCCCUUCUCCACAGAGAAGCUCACUGAGGGGGGCUCCAGGCCAGCAGCUGCUUGACAUUUCCCCUUUGGAAACCUUGAAUGUCAACAGCUUCUUUGCUUCUGCUGUCCCUGCCCUGGCUCCCCAGCCCAGCAACUUGAAUCUGUGCAUCUGUGUCUGUUACAUUUGAGAAUAGAGAUGUGGCUUUUAGA